AUGUCUGCUUACGGCUUCCUCUUCCUUCUCACUUUCCUUACAAGCCUGAGUCUUUCCGUACAGCAACAACGACCUGAAUACGUGGGUUUUAAUUGUUCAUCAAGAACUUACCUCAAAAACAGCAAAUACUCUUCCAACCUCAAAACCCUUUUGCUCUCUCUUUCUUCCAAGGACAAUCACCUUUUCUCCAAUGGAUUUCAAGGCCUUAAUACGGGAGACGACCAAGACGCGGUUUUCGUGGUUUUCCUCUGCCGCGGAGACUUGUCCCCUGAAACCUGCGGUGACUGCGUCAGCUUUGCCGUCAAUGACACACUGAAUCAGUGUCCAGAUGGCAAAGAGGCUCUGAUUUAUUACUCAGACUGUAUGCUUAGAUACUCCGACCGGGAUAUUCUCGUGCAUCCUCUAAUCAGUAGUGGAAAGUUGUUGGUAAACGAUUUGCGUGUUGCGGCAAACCUAUCAGGUCGGUUCAACAAGGUACUCUUAUCUCUGUUGAACGAUGCUGCGGAGGAGGCUGCUUCUAGUCCAAGAAAGUUUGCGGCUAAGAAGGCCAACUUCACGUCGUCUCAAAAUGUUUAUGUAGUGGCUCAGUGCACGCCUGAUCUUAGAAAAGAGAACUGUUCAAGCUGUCUGCAACGAAGUAUCAGUCAAUUGCCACGUGACAGAAUCGGAGGUAGGCUUCUUUGGCCGAGUUGUAACUUAAGGUACGAGCUUUACCUUUUCUACAAUCAAACCCUUAACGCAACUCUUCCAGUGCCUCUUCCUCCUCCUCUGCAGCAGCAUGGAAAAGGCAGAAAGUCCACACUGAUAGUCAUAGCAACUGUGGUGCCACUAGCUGUCUCUGUUCUGCUUUUCAUAGCUUGUUAUUGUUUUCUCGCAAAGAGAGCAAAGAGAGGGAAGAAGACAUACGAAACAGCAGCUGCAAAUGAUGAUGAGGAUGAUAUUACAACUGCUGGAUCACUGCAAUUUGAUUUAAAAGCCAUUGAAGCUGCAACGGAUAAGUUUUCAGAGAGUAACAAACUCGGUCAAGGUGGUUUCGGAGAAGUUUACAAGGGCACAUUUCCUAACGGAUUACAAGUUGCGGUGAAGAGACUAUCGAAAACAUCAGGACAAGGAGAAAGAGAGUUUAAGAAUGAGGUCAUUGUUGUGGCAAAGCUUCAGCACAGAAAUCUGGUCAGGCUUCUUGGAUUUUGUUUGGAAAGAGAAGAGAAGAUACUUGUCUACGAGUUUGUGCCAAACAAAAGCCUUGAUUACUUCCUCUUUGACUCUAUGUUGAAAAGUCAAUUGGACUGGACAAGACGGUACCAAAUCAUUGGAGGAAUUGCUAGAGGGAUUCUUUAUCUCCAUCAAGAUUCACGACUCACAAUCAUCCAUCGUGAUCUUAAAGCGAGUAACAUCCUCUUGGAUACUAAUAUGAGCCCUAAAGUUGCAGAUUUUGGGAUGGCGAGAAUUUUUGGAAUGGACCAAACGGAAGCCAAUACAAGAAGAAUAGUUGGAACCUAUGGCUAUAUGUCUCCAGAGUAUGCGAUGUAUGGCCAAUUCUCCACAAAAUCUGAUGUCUACAGCUUUGGUGUCUUAGUUCUUGAAAUCAUAGGUGGGAAAAAGAACAAUACUCUCUAUCAAAUGGAUGGUAGUGCUGGAAAUUUGAUUACAUAUAGUUGGAGUCUAUGGAGCAACGGGUCCCCGUUAGAGCUCGUGGAUCCGUCUUUCCAAGAUAACUAUCAAACAAAAGAAAUUACCAGAUGCAUCCAUAUCGCUUUGCUAUGUGUUCAAGAAGAAGCUGACGAUCGUCCAACCAUGUCAGCCAUCCUCCAGAUGCUCACUACUAGCUCAAUCCCUCUUGCUGUUCCUCGAAAACCUGGAUUUUUCUUCAAGAAUAGAUAUGGACAAGUAGAAGAAGCAGGACCAUCUAUGGAUUCUUCUGCUCUCUGUUCUGUCGAUGAUGCAACCAUUACUCAUGUAGUUCCUCGUUGA